AAGCAGACACGUCGUAGCUGCCAAGAUCAAGAGGAAACACAAACACCCACAGCCGCCGCGCCUUCCAGUACUCGAGGAAGAGGAACACCAGCAGCGCCAUGGCCACAUCGACCGCCGCCGUGCUGUCCCCGCCGUCCGUGGCCGGGCUCCGCCUGGCGCCGUCCCCCCGCCGGGCGGCGCGCGUGGCGUUCCGCGCGGCGCCGGCGCGGCGGUCCGUGGCGGCGCGCGCGGAGCUGAGCGCGUCGCUGGUGAUCAGCCUGAGCACGGGCGUGUCGCUGUUCCUGGGCCGCUUCGUCUUCUUCAACUUCCAGCGGGAGAACGUGGCGAAGCAGGUGCCCGCGCAGAACGGCAAGACGCACUUCGACGCCGGCGACGAGCGCGCCAAGGAGUUCGCGGCCCUGCUCAAGUCCAACGACCCCGUGGGCUUCAACCUCGUCGACGUCCUCGCCUGGGGCUCGCUCGGCCACAUCGUCGCCUACUACAUCCUCGCCACCUCCAGCAACGGAUACGACCCCAACUUCUUCUGAGCGCCGGCUGGCCGUGUUCUUGAGCUUGUAUUCUACUCCGUGUGUGUGUCUGGCUCUGCGCCAUGCAUGUAUCUGAUGCUCAAAGAUUGGUUAAUUUGGACAAGUAGUGUAACUGCGCGUGUAUAGUGCCGCAUGAAUUUGAUCUUCCUCUAUGUUUCUCUGUCUUCUUCA